AUGGAGAGUGCGAAAUGCAAUGUGAUAUACGUUCACCGCGCUGUUUCUGAGGACCGACAUGUCCAAUCAAGUCAUGUUUUUCUGUGUGGCACAGGGGAAGCUUGCCUUGGCCACUUGCGGAUGCUUGACUCGGAGCCGUCGACCAAAACCAAACCAACAAUCAUUUUCCUAGACACCCCCGCUCAGGAGCCAAUACCAGGCAAUAAGUGGUGGGAAUUUCCCACCGAACCGGAUCUCUAUGGGUUUGACUUGCUGCAAUGGAUAGACGGAGACUCACGCGCCAAGAGGAUGUCUAACCUUGUCACAGUGGUUCCUGUGGUCACUCGGCAAGACAGCUCGCUGGCUAUCGAUCCCGAAGUUCUCAGGUCGUUGCGAAUUCAACUUGUCUCCCGUGGGGCUACCGAUGCUGUGUUGAGCCCACUCAGCUCCAGUUGUCUUGACGACAUCAGGGUACAUGUUGAACGGGUGUGCCGAAAUCGAAAUGCAUUCAGCCCACAUGGAAGAAACAACAACAACAACCUAGUCGGCGAGACCAUGAUAUCAACCCUCCUGCCCGACCUCUGUACUUCAUUUCAAGGAAUCGACGUCCCCCUCAACUGGGAGGAAACUCGCAUUGAUGCCGAAAAAAAGGCCCUGCUUUCGCACGCUAUCGGCCAAUUUCAAUUUGACGCUCCGCAAUUCGAACGCGAAGAACUGAAGGUGGCGGCGUCACUCAUAUUCGAGCAUGCCUUUUCAGCGCCUGAGCUGGCCCCGUGGCGGUUAGAGAGAGGACAACUGCAAGCCUUUAUUGACGCUUGCUGUGCCGCGUAUAAGAGUGAUGUGGAAUAUCACAACUUUUGCCACGUGGUCGACGUUUUGCAACACAUUUUCCACACUCUUGUUCGCAUAGGAGCAUUGCCUCCUUAUCCACCUACCUCUAGCACCACUCCCAGGCCUACCUCAGACUCUGAGUUCGCGCAGUGCAUCGAGCCCCACAUAGCACUCACACUCCUCGUCACCGCCAUUGGUCAUGAUGUUGGGCAUCCAGGAGUCAACAACGGCUUCCUGGUGAAGACCAACGACCCGCUCGCCCGAUUGUACAGUGAUCGGUCCGUUUUGGAAUCCUAUCAUUGUGCCGCCUUCACGGAUAUCCUACGCAAGUACUGGCCCAAAUUCUACAAAUGCGCCACCAUGAAGAAGCUUGUGAUCGACUCCAUCUUGGCCACCGAUAUGGGUGUGCACGACAACUAUAUGGUGCAACUGAGGGGUGUUUUGGACAGGAUCCGCAAGGCUCGCGAAGGACAAGAGGACAUGGCUCGAAAUCACUCGCCUUUCCACAUGGAUAUGGAGCCGAAGCAGACGCUGAUCUCCGUGACAUGGAUGCAUACCCUGUCCAGGGAAACGGCCCAGCAACGACAAAAAGAGAGAGAGAGAAACGUGCCGACGUCCGUUCACUCGCUGCCUGGCAAUGACCAGCUGACUCUUGCUUCGAACCAACUGUUGUUUAUGAAUAAGUUCGCAGCUCCCCUGUUCGUGGGCGUGGCGGAACUCAUUCCGGAGUUGAGUUUCUGCGUCGAGGCAAUCAAGGAGAACAAACUGAAGUUCGAGGCCAUCUUGAAAGACGGGGAUGAGCAUGAGAGCUCGCCCUCUCAGACGGAUUUCCCCAAUGCUCAAAGGCCAAACUCAUCACAAAAUUCCAUGCAGCCCGCAGCCAGCCGGCCCAAUCCCCCCGAAAUCAACGGCAUCAACACAAGCUUUGACGCGGUGGACGACGAUUCGCACUCUCACUGUGCCCACAGGCAGCGAUGCAGCGAGACGACCGAGCUGAGCUCAGCACCAGACAGUGCCGGUACAGGGAAGAUGCCCCUAUCACCCAGCACGCAGGGAACGAGCAUUGUGAGCAUCAAUUCGUCGGUUGACCCUCCCGUCAGUUGUGCAGUGACAAGCAGCACUCCGGAUUCCUUCAGGAACCAGGGGAAAGGGGCUUUCCAGCACCAAGCCUCGCCUAACAGUGGAUACCUGAAUGGAAACACUAAUCUUGGUGGAUCUGACACACAAUUGGGCUUGGCUCCGGGCGGACAGUUAAAGAAGAAAACCAGCUUUAUCCAGAGGUUCGGGGAUAUGUGGAAGAGGUCUCCUAAAAGUUCGAGCCCAUAG